UUCCAGGUUGUGUGGGUUAAUCCAUCGAAUACAGUAAUUAGUUUACAAGAUAGAAGAAUGAUAAAUGAUAUGAGAAUCAGUGUAGAAAGACCAUAUUUAGCCGAUUGGAAUCUACAUAUAAGAAAUGUCACUGUAGAAGAUGGCGGUUAUUACAAAUGCCAGAUUAAUACCGAACCUGUUAAAACGAAACGAAUUAAACUUAUUGUUCAAGUGCCUCCCAGUAUAGUAAGCUACUCGUUUCCUGGUGAUAUAAAAGUUACAGAAGGUGAAUCUGUCGAGUUAAGAUGCAAUGCUACUGGUGUACCUCAACCUUCAGUUACCUGGUUCAGAUUAAAUCAGUAUACUACCAGAGAACGGGAACAGGUAGGGAUGUCUGGUGAAUUAUUAAGGAUACAUAACAUAUCACGAUAUUGUGUCGAUGUUUAUGAAUGUGUUGCUAAUAAUAGUGUACCACCAGCCAGAAGCCGACAGAUGAGAGUCACUGUUCAAUAUCCCCCAGAAGUAAAAUUGCCUAACACAAGAAUAGGACAAGAACUUGGUAAAGAAACAAUAUUAGAGUGUGUCGUCUCGGCAUCACCAUUGGGAGUAACAGUGUGGAAGAAAAAUGGCAAAGAAUUAAGUACAAGUUGGAAAUACGAAGUUGAUAUUUACAAUGAAGACCAUAAUACAAUAACAUUAAGUUUAAGAAUAGCAAAUAUUGACCACGAUGAUUUCAGUGAAUAUGUUUGUGAGGCUUCUAAUAUUCUCGGUGUGGCAUCAACUAAAAUGCUACUUUAUGGUAAGUAUAGUUCAGUUUAUCUCGUAAGUUGA